UAUGAUCAGAGAAAGUGGAAUCAAAUAUCUAGCAGCCAAAGCAUUAAAAGGUUCUGAAGACGAAGAAAGAUUGUUCAGACUGCACUUGUUCCAAUUCAAUGGCAUAUCUGUCUUCGGGAGCUUCUCAAAUAAUAUAUGCGAGACAAUACAGGCAUUCUGAAAGUAAUGCAAUGGUUGCUAGAACAUCUAACUUGGAAAUGCGGCAACUAUGGGACUGUGGCAUAAAUCAUAGAAUUCCAAAGCACCAGUUAAACUUAUGGGCUAUUGCAGGAAUUAAGAAGAAAAUGUUUGUCAAUAAAAUUGUCACAAAGGUGAUUGUUGCUUCACUUAUACAAUUAGACUCUGAUUUACGGCUCAUGUUAUAUCUUCUGAAUCAUAUUGCUGAUAGAUGCCAGAAUUUUAUAUUAAUCUAUAUUAAUGCAGCACUUUGUUAA